GAUCGCAUCACAGAAAUGGAUAUGUCGGUUGGACAUUCGCGUGAUUGUGCCAGUUUUAUAACACUCGCUUCCAAAGCAUUGCCCAAAUACCGCGCUAUUAUGGGCCCAUUUCAGUGGCCUGUUUGGGUUUGUAUUGUUUUCAUUUACUUGGGCGCUAUAUUUCCUAUUGCGUACAGUGAUCGGAUGACCUUGCGUCACGUGAUUGGAAAUUGGGGUGAAAUGGAGAAUAUGUUUUGGUAUGUCUUCGGAAUGUUUACGAAUAGCUUAACCUUCUCGGGCAAAUAUUCAUGGACCAGCACACAAAAGUCAUCCACACGUUUGCUGAUAGGCUCCUAUUGGUUAUUUACGAUCAUUAUUACCGCUUGCUAUACGGGCUCAAUUAUUGCAUUUGUUACACUGCCAGCGUUUCCUAGUACCGUGGAUUCAGUCAAUGAUCUGUUGGGUCUCUUCUUUCGCGUGGGAACUUUGGACAACAGCGGCUGGGAGACUUGGUUCCAGAACUCCACGCAUGUUCCAACAUCUAAGCUGUAUAAGAAAAUGGAGUUCGUUUCUACCUUGGAGGAGGGCGUUGGCAAUGUAACACAGAGUUUCUUCUGGAAUUACGCUUUUCUGGGUUCUGCUGCGCAGCUUGAAUUUUUGGUGCAGAAAAAUUUCUCCGAUGACAACAUUUCGCGUCGAUCGGCACUUCACCUCAGCGAGGAGUGCUUUGCAUUGUUCCAAGUCGGCUUCGUGUUUCCACGCGAUUCUGUUUAUAAGCGCAAAAUCGAUUCAAUGAUUCUGCUUGCGCAACAAAGUGGACUAAUGAACAAAAUCCUCAGCGAAGUCAAAUGGUCCAUGCAACGUUCCGCCAGCGGCAAAUUGCUACAAGCCAGCUCAUCCAAUGCACUGCGUGAGCGCAUACAAGAGGAGCGCCAAUUAACCACAGCCGAUACAGAGGGCAUGUUCCUCCUCAUGGGUGUUGGUUAUCUCUUGGGCGCGAUAGCGCUCAUUUCCGAAAUCGUGGGCGGCAUAACAAACAAGUGCCGUCAGAUAAUGAAACGUUCGCGCAAGUCCAUUUCGAGCGCUUGGUCAUCGAGACGCAACUCGGAAGACGAUGAAAACGGAUUACGCACUGCAGCCGAACAGUUGGCACACAAUCAGCAGCGGGCAGCUCGGCGUAAAGAGAAAGAGCGAGAGUACGAUGCCAGGCAAGGUUUUGGAGUGCGCGAAUUCAAUCUCACCAAGAAAACACUGAAAGAGUUGUACGGCAACUAUUACAAACCGGAACCGCAUUACGUGCUGAAGGAUGGUAAAUUGCUGCUGGAAACGGAGGCGCUAUCCGCCAGCUCGGCUGAUUGCGAAUCACGCCAAUCGAGUGCCGACAUACCUGCCGUGAUGUUACCGCAUCUGCAUAGCAAAAAAGAGGCUAUACUAGUGGCGGAGAUCGAGCGUCAAAAGUAUCUGGAAAGAGAGCGCGAGCAUGCGCUAAUAGCAGCAGCAGCUGAGGAGUCUUUAGCGGCGUUAGAUGAAUGUCUUAAGGUGCACAAUGGUGGCGAUAGCAGUGAGGGUAGCGAGGACGCGGAUAGGGUAGAUGAUUUCAAAUUAUUCGGCAGUUUGGUAGAGCCCGAAGGGCCGUUGGCCACCAAAUUGAAUGAACUAAAUUUAUUUAAUGACGCCACUGCUAUGCUAAAACAGCUAGAGGAUGAACCGAGAGUUGAUGAGCAAAGUUAAAAGAUAAAAGACAAAUCGGUUGUUUCAUGAAAGACAGCAGU